AUGUCAAGCACUUCUUCUACCAAGAAUGCCGAGAAUACAGAGAAGGGUCCCGAUCCCCCACAGCCGACAUGGAUAGUAGAAUGGGACGGCCCGAAUGACCUCGAAAAUCCCCAUAACUGGUCCCAAAAGUACAAAUUAUUCGUCAGCUUUGUGCUCAUUCUCCUGCCUUUGAUAGUCAACAUCGGUUCCAGUGUCAUGAGUGGUACUGCUUCAUCGCUGGAGAAGGAGUUCCAUGUCAGCUCCGAGCUGGCAGUUCUUACCACCACCAUGUUUCUAAUUGGGUUUGUUGCCGGUCCAUUGAUUUUCGGCCCUCUAUCGGAAAAGUACGGGCGCCGAUGGCCCAUUCUCAGUGGUGUGGUGCUAUUCGCGACCUUCUGCAUUCCGAUCGCCGUCGCACAGAAUUUCUAUACAAUCUUGAUCUCGCGAUUCUUCAGCGGUGCUUUUGGUGCGUCCUCUAUGGCCGUGACAGGCGGUGCCUUGACAGACGUGUGGAACACUGCGAUCAGUCGCGGAAUCUCGUUGGAUUGCUUCGUUGCUACGGCCUUUGUUGGCCCCGUUAUUGGACCCAUUGUGGGUGAUUUCAUCACCCAGAGUUAUCUUGGCUGGCGAUGGACCAUGUGGAUUACGAUGAUUGCUGCUUAUAGCUUUUCAAUCUUUGCCGUGUUCGUCCUGCCUGAGACUUUCGGACCGACCCUACUCACGGCCAAAGCGGCUCGACUCCGCUUCGAAACAAAGAACUGGGCGUUGCAUAGUAAGAUGGAGGAGGAAAGUGAGACGACGAUAAAGUCAUUUUCGAAGGUAUAUCUCGUGCGCCCAUGGAUUCUCCUUGCAACAGAGCCCAUCAUGAUUCUGGUCACGCUAUACAUGAGCUUCCUUUACGGGCUACUCUUCCUCUUCUUUCAAGGCUUUCCCAUCUCGUUCGUGGAGCAACGCAGCUGGAAGCCUCAGAUCGGGUCUCUCUCCUUCCUGGGUCUGUUCGUCGGGAUCAUCAUCGGGCUGGUGGGCAUGUUCACUUGGUCCGUUACCAUCUUCGCGCGCCAGGUAAAUUCAACCCCGGGUAAAUCUGUACCGGAGCGCCGCCUGCCACCUAUGAUCGUGGGCGCCAUUGGACUGCCCAUUGGAUUGUUCUGGUUCGCGUGGACCAGCAACCCCCAUAUGUCCUGGGGCGCGGAAGUUGUUGCACCGGCGCUGGUGUCGUCGUCAAUGUUUGCCAUUUUCAUCUCUGGCCUGAAAUACAUUGUCGACGUAUACCUGAUUUAUGCGAACAGCGCGAUCUCUGCCAAUACGGUUGUUCGAAGCUGCUUCGGGGCCGGAUUUCCUCUUUUUGCUAAUGCUAUGUACCACAACCUGGGAUUUCCUUGGGCUACUAGUCUUCUGGCGUUUUUGGCUGUCGCUUUGGCCCCCAUGCCAGUUAUUUUCUUAUUGUAUGGACAGAAAAUCCGGAUGUGGUCCCGCUUGUCGGCCAAUAAAACUUGA